GUGCCUUUGGCGCGGGCUGCAAAGGGCCCGGCGCGAGGGUGCGGAGCAGUUAACGGUCGUUCUGUUCUGAGCAUUCCAGUGAGCCCGCCUUCGCGCCGGACCUUCUGAUUGGCUGCGGCGGCGAGCCAAUGGGGAUCCGCGGAACGGCCGUGUUGCUGGGCAGCGUGGAAGGAAGACGGGGUGAAAGGGAGAUUCUGGUUGGCUGUGGGCGAAGGGCUCUGGACGCGAUGAGAAGUGGCCGACGUUUCUAAGUCACAGUGAUGUAAUUAACGGGGGGCCAUGUACUGGGGCGGGGCCCGGCCAACGAGGCCGCGGCCAUGCGUUGAGGAAAGCUGGAUAUGCCUGGAUAGUGGGGGAGAAAAUUCUGCACUGUGAUUGGUUGGCCCUAUUGACCAAUCCGAGAGCAGUCAAUGUACCCCCCCCCACCCCCAGUCUCUGAUUGGCUGGAUGUUUUCGGCCAGACCCCUCGCUGCAGAGAAUAUACCCCCGCCGCCCCACCCCCCGGCUCUCUUGGUUCCUGAUUGGCUGAGGGCUCUAUCCAUUUGGAGAUCAGAGGAUUCAUCUCAGGGCCGAAAGCGCAAUCCCUGAUUGGCUGGGCGGUCAGCCAAUUGGCGAAUAAGGAUUACACGUUGUUUCCUCAUGCCUCUGGCUGGGAGCCACUGGCCAAUCAGAGCAAAGGAGGUGUCAGCGUCGUCAGGCCAGUCAUGACAUGCGGAUGUGGGAUCUGGCAUCCAUGUGGCACCCUAGGAGCGAGCAGAGACCCCAACCUCUCUGGUGGUUCCCUCAAUCCAGGAAUGGCUACCGCCACACCGAGCCCCUCCAGCUUCCUCCUCCUGCCCCUCCCAGCCAUUGUCUUCAUCUCUGUGGCCACCUACCUGCUCCUCCUGCUCCUCAUCCUUGCGCUGCGCCACUGCCUGCUGGCCCGUGGACUCUGCACUGACUGUUGCUGGUGUGAGAAGGGGAUGCUGGGAAUGCUGGGGGGGCCCUCCCACUGCUGCCUGGCCUGUGCUGAGGCAUGCGACUGUGCCCCUCCCUCCCUCACCCGCUGCCUGGAAACCUGCUGUCCCGGAUGCCAGGGCUGGGAGCUCAGCACCUGCCCCCCUUUCCCUCGCUGCUGCCCCCUCUGCGACUGUGCCUGUGCCUACCAGCCCCCCGACUGCCAGAGCAUCAAUUGCAUCUGCUUUGAGGUCAAACUGCUCUGAGGGGAGCCCCGCCAGGAAAAUCAGGGGACUUCCCCAUUAGAGACUCUGACUGGCGUGUAUUCACUACUGCUGGAUUGUGGGGAUCCCCUGCUCCCCAAGUGGGGUGAUCCCUUCCUGAUUUCGUUACACAACCCCCAAUAUUUGUAACUUCCACUUUUAUAAUAAAGCAGCUUUGAGAUA